AUGGCACGAGCGGCAGAAUGUUCGCGUCGCGAAGGUGGAAAAACGCAGUUCGACAAGUUCGUCGGAUUGGAUCCAUUCGAAGUGCUCUCGCUUGACGUUGGUGAAUGGGGCAAAGGGGGCGCCGUGGAAGAGCUGGCAGGUGGCGCAGUAGCAGAAGGACAGCCCGUAGAGAGGCCCCGUGGUCUGGUAGCGGGUUCUGGCGCAGAGACAGCUGCCGGUGACGGAGGACAUGGUGAUGGUGUUGGUGUUGCAGGAGUAAAGGAUACGGAUACAGGAGAUGUUGGGGGAUGCCCUACGUCAGGGCCCAGCUGGAGGCCACCGCGGCGCAUUCAAGAUCAAGCCCAUCAGCAAGCCCGCCAGCAACGCCGUCACCGGGACCGUGAUGAUCCAUCCAAAGUAGAUCCACGCCACCAGCCGCAGGUUGAUGCACCGCCAGUCGCCGUUGGCCAGUCCGACGCCGAUCGACGCUCCGGCUAUACACUGUGUCUGCGCCUGUUAGCGGUGCGAUAUGGUAGAGGGGAAGCGUACCGUCGACACCGGCAGUCUCAGCCUCGUCGCCAUCAAGAUCGUCAUGGCGCUGCUCAGCUCCAUGCAGAACCCGCGCGACGGCGACAUCAGCGUCAGCCGGUUCCCCAGGUUGCGCAUGAGAUGGUACCCCACCCACGUCGGCACCGGCACCUCCUUCUCAAUCUCCCCACUCCGCCAGACAAGAUACGCCGUCGCAAACGGGGCGAUCGCAUUCGCGACGUCGUUGGCCCCGUGCACGAACGACGCCGUUGCCGCCGUGAGGAUCUGCAGCGAGCUGUACAUGUACUCGGCGCGGUUAUCGUACCGCGCCGCCCGCGCGUGCAUGUCUUGAAUAUCCCAGCUCAAGACGGUCUGCCGCUUCUGCGCCUGGAUGACGUCCUGUUCGAGCCCGUGGCACAGCACGCGCUGGAUGCUCCACCAUAUCACCGCCCAGCUGGUCCAGGGUCCGACCGGGCGCGGCGGGACGCCUUCGACUGGCGGUGUGCGCGUACCUUCGAGGCGCUCGGGGUCAUUGUAGCCCGCGGACUGGAUGGAUUGCAGGAGACUCUCCGACGCGCGGAGGCACUUGAGUUCUUCCUGCGUCAGGUGGCCGCGGUAGUAGUCUUUUAUGUUGAGGCUGCUGCGGCCCGGGGGAGGUGGGCUGGGGAGAGGGCGCGAGAGGAGGAACGGGCCGCGCCAGGCAUCGUGCCAUUUCAACUGCCAGUCUUCGUUCAUGACGCGGCGCCAGAGGUACGGGAGGAGGAAGAGGAUCUGCAGGAGUGUAACGCCCGUUGCGACCGUGAUCACCGAGACGGCGACCUGCAUCCCGCUCAGCUCGACGUCAAGCUGGAUCCCCUUCCAGACAACGAGCAUGGUCAACCCCCCGACCGCAACGAAGGUGUAGAUCGGAAUGGAGAAGAGAGCGCGAUGCACGGCGUAUCUGCUCGAAAGAACGAAAUGCUUCGUGACCAGGAACAUAAUCGCCCCCAGCGCCCCCGCAAUCCCCGGCGCGACCCCCCACGCCGCAAAGACCUGCGCAACGCCAUGCCAGCCCCAGUGGAUAUUCCUGAUUCCGACCGAGGCCGUCCCCGCCCCGACGAGGCCGCCGAUGAUGGAAUGCGUUGUGCUGACGGGCAGGCCGCAGCGCGUCGCGACGGUCAGGAAGAUGGAGGACCCGAUGAUGGCGCACAUCAUGGCGAGCAUGAGGACGGCGGGCUCGGCGUCGUACAGGUGCGGGUCGAUGAUGCGCUCGCGGACGGUCUCGGCGACGCGCGAGCCCACGCUGAUGGACCCGGCCAGCUCCAUGCAGGCGGCGAUCAGGAGCGCCUGUUUGAGGGAUAG